CGUGAUUGGGCCAAUGAGCGACAGCCUGGAAUAUGGAGCAAUACGUGGAACUUAUACUGCGCGGAUGAAGGUGCUGUUGGGAGAGGUUACGGUCCGGUUUCCAGUGUGCUACACCACCGAAUCCUCUAGCACCUGUUCCAGAUUUCUUACAUAGCUGCCGAUCUCAGAACAGGUCCCUUUACAUGGCACAAAUUGUUCUGGCGGAGCAAGUGGGGUAGGACCAGCAUAAACAUAGUCGACAUUAGCCAGCCAGGCCGUCAUAGUGGACCUCAGAACAGAAAGCUACCAGGUCGUCUCUCAUCGUUUCAGAUCCAUCAUUUUGAAACCUUGCGGUAUGGAGUUCGUCGACAUGGACGGAAAUCUAAGAUCAACAACUGGUUUGAUUCCUGUCUGUUCCUUGACGGCGGCAAGGGAUCAUGCUGUUUGUCCUGCUCAAUCAAACUGUUCGUCAGGAUCAUCUAGGGUUUGCGAGAUUGUCAGAACAGAGGGAGGGAUCCAGCAUCAUAAUGUUUCAGACAAGGUCCGCGCAAUGGAGCUAGCUAUCAUUGAUGAACUACCGAAUACAACUCACCGUUGGUGCAAGUGGCACGUGUUAAAGAAGGCGAAAGAAAGGUUGGGUGUCCUUUAUGGAAAGAAAUCGGAGUUCAAGAAAGACUUCCAAAUGUUGGUGCAUCAUGUUUUAACUAAAGAGGAAUUUGAGAACGGGUGGGCUGAAAUGUUAGCAAAAUACGGUUUGCAAAAACAUCCAUUCCUAACACAAAUAUAUGAGGUUAGGCAUAAGUGGGCCAAACCGUACUUCAUGGGUGUGUUCUGUGCAAAUAUGACAAGCACACGAGGAAGUGAAAGUGCAAAUCAUUUGUUGAAGGGGUAUGUACCGUGGGAUGUCCUAUGCAUCUAUUUAUUAAGCAAUUCGAGAAGAUAUUAUUUGAUAGAGACUCGGAGGAAAGCUAUCAAGAAAAACGCACUGCAAUUGCAGGUGUAGUCUUGAAGGGGAAUUGGCCUUUGGAAUGCCAUGCAAGCAAGGUGUACACACAAACAAUGUUGAGCAAUUUGAUGAGUCUUUGUACAAGGCUGGGUCUUCAUGUCACGGAGGAGGUUGAACAUCAGAGGAAAUACAUUGUGAGCCACAUUGUGAGCCAUGUCGAUGCUGAAAGAAGGAACAGUUGGUGCAAAGUUGUUUUCUUAGUUACGAUUGAUGCAGACAUGACGAAGUUUGUGUGUGAGUGCGGCUUCUUUGAACAUGCCGGCUUGUUAUGCCCUCACGCUAUUAAGCUGAGCAUUUUUGCAUUCAUGUGAAUAAUAUAGA